GCUUACAGUCCAGGCUGAAUGUCCAAUGCACUUAGAAGAUUUUCCUAUGGAUGCUCAUUCAUGCCCAUUGAAAUUUGGCAGCUAUGCAUAUACAACAGCAGAAGUAACCUACAAGUGGACAUUCAAUGCAUCAAAUUCAGUAGAAGUAGCUCCAGAUGGUUCAAGGUUGAAUCAGUAUGAUCUCCUAGGCCAAACAAUUGGACAGGAAACUUCCAAAUCCAAUACAGGUGAAUACACAGUGAUGACAGCUCAUUUCCAUUUGAAGAGGAAAAUUGGUUAUUUUGUGAUUCAGACCUAUCUUCCCUGCAUCAUGACAGUCAUUCUGUCCCAGGUGUCCUUCUGGUUAAACAGGGAAUCUGUUCCUGCAAGGACAGUUUUUGAUCAUUGAUGAAGAUUUUGAAGAGCACUGGGCCUAAGACA